AUAUUGAGCACUUUACCAUGACGAGUAUUUUGGCUAUGGCAUUCGGGUCAAUGGCGUAUUUCAAACCAGGUGAUCCACAGCUCCAUCAAGCUUUUGCAUUGACAGAGCGCAUUGCAGCAUUAUUGGGACCGGCCGAGCAGAUUCGAGAGUUUUUCCCAAUUCUAAACAAGAUAUUACCGAGUUCGAGAGCCGAAUUUGUCGAUGUGCGGAAAACCAUGGUUGCUUUCUACGGUGGACUGCUGAAGCGGUUCAAGGAGCAAUCUGUAAAUGAAGAUUGCUUUGUAAGCGAGAUCUUGGAUAAAGGAAGUUUGACGGAUUUGCAGAUCAUCAGUUUCGCAUCCUUAUUUAUUGGUGCUGGAUCCGAGACAACAGCCUCAACACUCGAAUGGAUGAUCGCAUUACUGGCCAAUCACCCGGAGAUACAAACCAAAGUGUACGAAGAAAUCAAGAACAACAUUGGGCUGGAGCGUUUACCCAGCCAUGAAGAUGGUAAGAGAUACCGUCUCCCAAAAGUGUAUUAUGUUGCUGUUAUCAGUAUCGCAUAA